AUUCCACGGAAUCUCUCCCAGCUGUCCUGUUUUUCCUUCCAUGGAUCCCCCUCGCUAGCUGAGCCCGCUGGUGCUCGCGGUCGCGGGUGGUGAGCGCGGCCUCGCCGGCGGCGCAGCGGCGAUGGACCUCCCGUGGCUGGAUCUGCCCUUCACCUUCCUGACGCUGCUCCUUGCCACCCGCCUCGCCUACGACUACUAUGGCGACGUCGCCGCCGCCUUCGCCGGCGGCUUCUCGAUCCAGGUCUUCCUCUUCUACUGCUUCGCGCGCUGGUACCGCUACGCCAUCGCCGGCCGCGCCGCCGCCGCCGCUGGGGCCCGCGACGACCCGUCGCCGUCGGCGCGGCCGCCGCCGCAGCAGGAGGAGGACGCGGACGCCCCGCCCGUCCUGACACCGCUGCUGGGGUCGCCGGACGGCGCGCGGCCGUCGACGCUGGCCAACCGUUGCUUCGCCGUCGUGUUCAUGGUCUUCGUGCCGCUGGUCAUCGUCGUCUUCGAGCGGAGCCAGGCCGACGUCGUGGCCUACGCGCUCUGCCUCGCCAACAUCAUCGUCAUGGUCGUCUGGCUCUCGCCGGACACCGGGUCAACGGUCUCGGCCGCCAAGUCGCUCCUGCGUCUCAGCGACGACGAGGAUGAAGGCAGCGGGGGCAGCUCCGGCGCAGAGGACAAGUGCUGCGUCUGCCUCGCCGGCAUGCGGGAGGACCAGGCGCUUCGGGCGCUGCCGCGGUGCGGCCACAGCUUCCACGACAAGUGCAUCGGCAAGUGGCUCAAGGCGCACCCAACGUGCCCUGUGUGCCGGGCCACCGCCGUGCCGCCGCCGCUCCACAGCGGGGGCGGCGAUCCGCUAGAUGACGAUAUUAGCCCCGUCUAGCUAGCUUCCCCUCAGUGAUUCAUCCAUCUUAUCUUAUCUAACGAAUUUGUGGACAUUUGUUGGGAAAUUUGGUGAAAACCUGUAUAGUAAUCCAAAACGUUGUCAAGCUCAAUUCAACAUGUCAGUAGUGAUUUGUACAUACGGUCCCGUUUGUGCACUCUGAGAAAAGCAAAGCCAUGUCUCUCUUGCUUCAUGACAAUC